AACAACAAACCCCCUUCACUCUCAAGUCUCAAAAUCUCCAUGACUCCACCGUUCCAAUUUCAAACAUUAAAUAAAAUACCAGCAAAUGUAAAUACACAAACAAGAUCCUCGAAACAAUGCUACUAUCUCCCAACCCACUUUCUCUUCUUUGUGCACUCCUUCUCUGCUUACCUCUAGCCAUAGUCUUCACCACCAACACCACACAUACAACAACAACCACCACCCCCAUCAUCCUUGACAUUCCAAUGCCUCUUCCCAAAAACAUUAGCAUCCACGAAAAUCCAAACAAAACAUCAUCAUUGUUGUCACCAUCACUAAAUAUCCAAGAUGACGAGCUUCACAAAGUAAUCACUCGUGAAAAAAGAAGACCCAUUGGGCCCAACAAAAAAUCAUUACUAACAUCAUUGUCAGUACCAUUAUCAUCACCAUCACCGUCUUUGUGGCAAGAAAACCGCCAUGACGCCCUAUUCAAAGCAGCCAUGCGCGUGAAUGCAAAGCCCACAAGGCCUAAGAAGGUAGCUUUUAUGUUUCUAACCAACAAACCCCUCCCAUUUGCGCCACUAUGGGAAUCUUACUUCAACCAAACCACAACAUCAAAGAAUCUCUUCAACAUUUACGUCCACGCGGACCCAACAUUUCCCUACCACGCGCCCUUCUCCGGCGUGUUCUUCAACCGCGUUAUUCGCUCACAACCCACCAGGAGAUUCUCCCCCACUCUCACCGCGGCAGCGCGUCGCCUACUUGCACACGCGCUCCUCGACGACACUUCCAAUUCCGUGUUCGUGCUACUCUCUCCCUCUUGCAUUCCUCUCCACUCGCUCAACUUCACCUACCACGCGCUUCUCCGCAGGGGCAAGAGCUUCGUCGAGAUUCUUGCCAAUGAAGCAGUGGCUUACGACCGUUGGGCGGCGCGUGGACCUCACGUGAUGCUCCCAGAAGUGAGGCUCGAGGAAUUCCGUGUGGGGUCGCAGUUUUGGGCGCUGACACGUCGGCACGCGCGGCUUGUCGUGAGUGAUCGCGUGCUGUGGCCGAAGUUCAACGUGCCGUGCGUGCGGUUUGACACGUGCUACCCAGAAGAGAAUUACUUUCCUACCCUUCUGAGCAUGUGGGACCCGCAGGGAUGCGUGCCGGCCACGCUCACGCAUGUGAAUUGGACGGGGCGUGUGGACGGGCAUCCUCGCACGUACGAAGCGUGGGAAGUGGGGCCCGAGCUGAUUCGGAGGAUGAGGGAGGAUAGGCCUAGGUACGGUGACGGUAACGGCGACGGACGGAGGGAUCCGUUUUUGUUCGCGAGGAAGUUCGCCGCGGACGCGUUGGAAGCGUUGAUGAGAAUUUCGAACGGCGUCAUCUUCAGGGACUAACGGCUGAAAUGUGAUGUGGAUGUUGAUAGGUAAAUAUAUACAUACAUGUAUCCAACGAAGAAAGAAAGGAACCAAGCUACGAAAUGUAUAAAUUAAUUUAAAACAGAUAUUUCAUCUUUGAUUUAAGCGUAUAAAAUAGAUAUUUCUACAUCUUUGAUUUAGAUUGCAAAUUUUGUAACAAUUGCAUUUUAUUUAAGAAUAUUAUUUUUAUA